CUACAUCCACGCGGCCCCUGGCUCGAUGGACAGCGCAGGCUCGGCGCCACCUGUGAAGAGACGCCGCCCCCUGCUAGCUGGCCUUUGGUCCAGCGGCGGCGCCGGCGGCGAGGCGGGCGCGGGUUCGGCCUCCGCGGCCACCGCGGGCGCCGAGGAUGCCCACGAGCACGACGACUGGAGCGGAGGGCCUCCACGCCGCCCCGCAGAGGGUGCGCCUCCCGAGCCCGAGCCGCCGAGCGGCGCCGCCUCGCAGGGCGGCCGCGACGGCGGCGACGGCGGCGGCCCCGUGCCACAGGGUGGGGCGGGCGACGUCGAGGUGCUGCUCGCAGCCUUCGCGGGCCGCGGGGGGCGCAUCGGGCUCGCUUGCGUGGACCUGGACGCCCCAGAGCGCGUGCUGCGCGUCACGGAGGUGGUCGACCCGACGUUCGAGCAGCUGCACCGGCUGAAGUGUGCCCUGCUGGGGGGGGGCGGCCGCCGCGGCCUGUGCGUCGUGUCGGCGAGGUCCCCGCCUGAGCUGCUGGCGCAGGCGGGCAGGCCUCUGGUGCCCUCGCAGCACGGGCGGGCCGAGGAGGAGGAGGAGGCGGAGGAGGCCUUCCCGGUCGCGGUCCUCAAAGGUGCCGAGUUCGAUGCGGAGGCCUGCAGGCAGCGGCUCCUGUCCCUGUGGGAGCACGGCCACACUGGGGAGGACAUUGGACGGGGCUAGGACGAGGAUAAAUCCGUUCAGAGCGUUCCAGAGCGCUCUCCGAGUGUUCCGGAACGCUCUGAGGUUCCGGAACGUACCGCGAAGGCCGCGGCGCCCGAGACAUCCUCCAGAGCCGCAGGGUUUCAGAGAUUCUCUCGAUGUAUCCCCACCCGCUUUUAUCUUCGCCCUGGCUUCGUCUUAGGACUCGGCGGCGCCGGACGGGCGCGCGCUGAGGGGCCAGGCCACACUGGACCUGGACAGCGACCAGCUCGUGCGGGCAGCGGGCGGCCUCGUUCGCUUCAUGGAGAAGCACCGCGCGCAGCUCGGGGACCUCGACGGCCCAGAGCAGCCGCUGCACGUCCACAGCGUCCGGUUGUUCUCCCUGGACGGCGUGCUCUACGUUGACCCCAGACCAUGAGCGCCCUGCAGGUCUUCCAAGAAGAUCGCCACCCUUCCAUGAUCCGAGGGCCGGGCCGCCCCAAGGAGGGCGUGUCGCUGUUUGGGCUCCUGGAGCCCUUCGUCGCCUCGGUACCUGGCCGCCAGGCGCUGCGGCGCUGGCUGCUGCAGCCCAGUCGAGACCUUGGGCUCCUGUCGGACAGGCUGGAUGCGGUGGAGGUGCUGCAUCGCUCGCGGAACGACGAGCUGCUGCGCGAGUUGCACCGAGAGCUCCGCGAGGUGCGGGACCUCGCCGCGCUGCUGCGGCGGAUCUUCAGCAACUAUCACUUCGACAACGCUCAGGACUGGCGCGGGCUUACCACCACGCUGGAGCACAUGUCUGCUGCGUUCGCGCUCGUUCGCAGAGACAGGGCCGUGGCGGCCUUGGCGCCGCUGUGCGGCGCCAAGGGCCUCGCGGCGGACGUGGCGGCCGCUGGCAACAUGCUCAGCAGGUUCGUGGACCUGGACGGGCAGCCGGCUGGCGGUGCCGAGGUGCACAUUUGCGAGGGCGUCGACACGGAGUUGGAUGCUGUGAGGGAGCAGUACGCGAACAUCGAUGUCCACCUCACAGAGGUGGCGAGGCUGGAGCGGAGGCGGCUUCUCCAGGAGCACCCGGACGGAGAUUGGGCCGCGGACGUAUUGGUAUUCCAUUACUUUCCGCAGAUCGGCUUCCACGCAUCGGUGCCGAACCCACUUGCCGACGAGGUUUGUGGCGGGGAUGGCGAUGCAGAGUCCAUGGAGCGGCUCAAGCGCGAUGCGCCGGCUCCGGCAGAGGACUGGCGCUACCAGUUUGCGGGCUCCGGCCGCCUCUUCUACAAGUGCCGCAUGGCAGCUCGGCUGGAUGCCGAGAUCGGCGACCUCCUGGUCGCGGCGCGCGAGCUGGAGCUGGAGCUGCUGCUCGGAGUGGUGGAGCGGCUGCGCCGGCUGGAGCCGCGGCUCUGCCGCGCAGCGCAGCUGCUCGCGGAGUUCGACGUGCUCGCGGGCUUCGCGGCGGCGGCGAAGGAGCACCGCUGGACGCGGCCCGCCUUCUCGCGGGACCCCGGUGUGCUGCGCAUCGUCCAGGGCCGGCACCCGCUGGUGGAGUCGCUGCUCGCGGCGCACCACGGCUUCGUGCCCAACCACACGGAGUUGGGUUUGCCUCUUGCACGCAAGGGCGACGACGGCGCCGCUCCCCGCGUCGCGCCGGCGCGUGUCCAGGUAGUAACAGGCGCAAACCUGGCUGGAAAAUCGGUUUACUUGAAACAGGUCGGGGUGAUAGUGUUGAUGGCCCAGGUUGGCUGCUUCGUGCCCGCAGACGAGGCCGAGCUCGGUCUCUGCGACCUGCUGCUCUCCAGGAUUCAGGGCGCAGAGGGGGCGGCUGUGCGCUUCUCCUCGUUCGGCAUUGACCUUACGCAGGUGUCGCUCGCGCUCAAGCACGCGACUGACUCCUCCCUGCUGCUGCUGGACGAGUUCGGCAAGGGCACGCACCCAGCGGACGGCGUGGCGCUUCUCGGAGCGACAGUAAGGCACCUUUGCCGCUGGAGCAGGGGGCCGAAGGCUGUCAUCACAACGCACUUCACCGAGGUGUUCCGUUUCGGCCUGCUGGCCCAGGACGAGCCAGGGUUGCAGAUUUGCAGCAUGCGGGUUCUGCCACCAGAAGAGGGCGGCGGCGGCGUGGCGUACCUUUAUCAGCUGGUGCCCGGCGUGGCUGCGAGGAGCUUCGGGAUCGAGUGCGCGAAAAAGGCCGGGAUGGACGCGUCUGUGCUGCAGCGCGCCACGGAGAUUUUGGAAUCCCUCGAGCGUGGAGUGGAGGUGCCCCCGCCUCGCAGCGGGCCCUGCGCGGAGGCCGCGGCCAAGGCGGACGCGCAGGACUCCCGUCGGCGAGGCAUCGCCAGACUGGUGGUGGACAGGCUGUGCGCCCUCAGUCCGGGCGACGAGGCGGCGUGCCGUGCGCUUCUGGGCUUCGUGUGGUCGCAGCAGGCCCAUCUUCGUGACCUGGCGGAGUGACUGGGCCCGGCGUGCCCGAUGCGCCCUUCCCCCGCGGGCCCGGUGCGGCUUGCCCCCCCUCCAUCGGAUCCCCCCCCAACCCGUG